AUGUCGGUAGUGACGAGGCUAGGCGCAAAGAAAGGAAACUCAGAUACAGAUGAGGGCGACAUUGUUGGCGAUGCUCAAAAUGUUCAGCAUGCAACGAAUGAGAACAGCUCCGGAGGAAGUAGCGACAGAGAAAUCGAGAAGCUACGACUUCAGUUAGAGAUUGAAAGGAUAAAGCUCGCGCAGAUUCAGGCGGGAGGUGACAGCGGCUAUAGGCCUAACACGGAACAUAGGAGUAGGGCGUGCGAAUAUGCCAGAGAUCUACGUGGGGUUUUGACAGCGAUGCCCGAAUCAGAAGCUCUAGUGCCUGAGUGGUUCGUUAGCGUCGAAACUGUGUUCAAAAACUUUGGUGUGCCGGAAGAUAUACAAGGCACGGUACUGUUGGCGUAUCUCAAUGAAAAAAUGAGGGCAGUCAUUGCGCGGCACGGCAAUGGGACGAUCCUUUUGUACCCCGAAGUUAAAGAGAAAGUGCUUGCCGAACUGCGUUUAACGCCGGCCGCAUACAAGAGACAUUUCUAUCAAGCGAGAAAAGGUGACUCGGAGUCGUGGGGCCCGUUUCUGACGAGAUUGUCAGCUCUCUUUGACCAUUACACAGUGAGCCGUAAUGUAAAGACACUAGACGACUUGAGAGACCUAAUUCUGGUCGACAGACUUACGUAUGUAAUGUCGGAUGAAACACGCUCGUACGUAACGCUCGCAGACACGGGAAAAUGGCACAGGCCCGGUAAAGUCGUCGAAAUGGCUGAAAACUUCGAAGAAACGAAAAGAGGGGCGAAGCAGCGUAGAACGGUAGCACCGGCGACUCAAAGGCGGCCGCCUGAAGCAAGGGAGAAAAUUGUCCCAGGGAAAAACAACGCUGGCAGCCGGGUUCCGAUGCCGACACGCGAAAUGUUAGGUCGUGUGGUUCAUUGCUACAAUUGCAAGGAAGAAGGCCAUUACGCUAGGCAAUGCCCUCAGACUUCAGUAAAAGAAACGGGAAGUAGAUGUAAUGAGCCACGGGUUCGACAGAACGACAGUUCUAAGCUGGUUGCUAAGGUAGCGCUAUUACAUGGGGAUCAGAUGAGCGCGACAAUUGAAAGGGCGAAAGAGGGUGUGACCGCAGAUCUAGUAACACUUAGAGUAGGCGACAGAGUUGUCAAAGCUCGUCUUGACUCGGGUGCAGACAUAACGGUGCUGAAACGGAACAUUGUUUCGUUUCCUGAUAGCGAAAUUGAAAGUGGUGAAAUAAGACUGAGAGGUGCUUUCGGACACACAGUUGGUGCUCAGCUGAUGGAAACACCUCUAGGAAUAGAAACAGAGGAUGGCUGUGGACAACAGGUUCUAACGUUGUGUGCUGUAACCGAAGAGCUAGCGCAGGGGAUAGACGCGUUGAUAAUUCCUCACGAUUUCGAGGAGAUACGAAAUGUAAAUGAAGAGCUUGGUAGAGAAGCUGCGGAGUUAGCAAGCAUGGGAUCGAUAGGAAUCGAGCAAAUAAAAUAUCGGGAGAUAUUUGAACCCCGGGGAACGACUGACGACGGUGAGGUAGAUGAGGAGGUUGAGCAAAACCAAAAUGCCUCUAUUAAUGUUGUCAGCAUCGAGAUUAAUGCUGAACCCGAAAUAAGAAGUGAGGAGUCGCGUAGGUUUGCGGCGGAACAAGGAGACGUAUCCCUAAAAGAAUCAUGGGAACACGCUAAGGAAGGGUCGCACGGCAUGAUUGUAAUCGAUGGGUUGUUAUACCAUAACGACCGCACUGAUUAUGGUGACUGUCGGCAGUUAGUUUUACCGACAUCUCGUAGGAACGAGGUACUGACCCUUGCGCAUGACUCUCCAUGGGGAGGUCAUUUUUCCCAGAGGAAGACCAAACAACGGGUUAAAGGUGCUUUCUAUUGGCCUUCGGUGGCAACGGAUAUAAAAAGGUAUUGUCAAUCAUGUCAUGGGUGCCAAACGUUCUCCAAAGCCAGGAGUACCGAUCGCGUCCCGAUCACUCCGUUGACUAGACCCGAGGAGCCGUUCAAAGUGUUGUACAUGGACUGUAUCGGGCCCCUAGAUCCCCCGUCAGCACGUGGGUAUCGAUAUGCGCUGUGCAUAGUAGAUCUUUGCACGCGGUGGCCCGAAGUUGUACCGCUUAGGUCUCUAACGGCUAAGGCUACAUGUCAGGCAUUGGUUGAUGUGUUCGCGCGAUAUGGCGUGCCCGAGAGCAUAUGUUGUGACCAAGGGACAGACUUCACCAGUAAGCUGACGCAGGAGUUAGCACAGAGAAUGGGAGUACAGAUGAGAUUUUCGACUCCCGAUCACCCCCAGAGCAACGGACUCGUUGAACGUUGGAAUGGGACGUUCAAAGCGAUGCUACGUCACGUUGUAGACGAGGAGGGCAGAGAAUGGGACCGUUAUAUCCCGUGCCUCCUAUGGGCAUACAGGGAAGUACCGAAUGAAAUUACAGGUUUGUCACCAUUUCAGUUGAUGUUCGGUAGAGCUCCGCAUGGUCCUCUCGGCAUCUUGCAGCAAACAUGGGCAGGCGAUUGGACACCACCGACAGGGCUAAACAAGCCGGCGGGAGAAUAUCUAAGGCAGCUCCGCGAGCGAAUGUCUAAAAUGUCCACAGAGGUAUCCGAAAGGGUGCAGAGCGCACAGCAGGCGUACGCAGGUAGAUACAACUUGAGGGCGCACGCGAAAGCAUUUCAACCCGGCGACAAAGUGCUGAUACUCGAGCCUGAAUCAGCAAGCAAAAUGAAAGCAAAAUGGAAAGGUCCUGCGGAAGUAACGGAAAGGGUAAGACCUGAUAGUUACAGGGUGAAAAUGCCUGAUGGUAGCGAACGCUGGGUUCAUGCGAAUAAAUUGAGGAGUUAUAUUGCUCGGGUUAACGCGGUAGGAGUUAUAUUCGGCGAAGACGUUGAAUUUGGAGAAGUAAACACGUGUCCAGUUCAUACAACACAAGACUGCCCCAGAGUAGUAGAUAAUUCCGUGAAUCAGCUAAAUGCUAAACAAAAGACAGAAUUGGACGAGUUGGUAGCGGAAUACCACGAGGUGUUCAGUGAGAAUCCGGGAAAAUGUAAUGUAGGGAGCCAUCACAUACGCUUGGUUCCUGGAGCAAAGCUUGAUAGGGGCCACAUUUACAAAGUACCGGUAGCAUUGAGGGGCGAAGUUGACAAGCAGGUUGAGGAAUUGCUACGAUGGGACUUCAUAUACCCCGUCGAGAGUAAUGUUGCGCACCCCGUACUAUGCGUAUCGAAAAGGGAUGGCACCAUGCGCAUGUGCGUCGAUCACCGGAAAUUAAAUACAGUCACAGAACAGGAUCGCUUCCCCAUGGAAAACAUAACUGAACUUAUCUAUAAAGUGUCAAAGUCGCGCUUCAUAUCUGUAUUAGAUAUGACAAGAGGGUACUGGCAAAUUCAGAUGGACCCUGAAUCGCAGAAAUACACUGCCUUUGCCACCCCUAGUGGUCUCUACGCGUGGAAGGUGAUGCCUUAUGGGCUUCGGAACUCGGCUGCCACAUUUCAGCGAGUGAUGAAUGGUUUACUAAGGCAGCAUAGAGAUUACACGUGCGUGUAUAUUGAUGACAUUGCAGUUCAUCCCAAUUCAUGGGAGGAAAACAUCCGACAUUUAAAAGCAAUUCUCAGUACACUCAGGGAGAGUGGCCUAACUGCGAACAUAAAGAAAUGUCGAUUUGGAGAGCCGAAAGUCAAAUACUUAGGUCAUUGGGUCGGUUCCGGCGUACAUUCACCGGACCCGGAUAAUGUCGCGGCCAUAACGAAAUUGCAGCCGCCGACUGACAAGAAAGGGUUAAGAAGUGCGCUGGGUAUGUUCAACUAUUAUAGGGAAUACCUACCUAACUAUUCAGAACUAGUACUCCCGUUGACCAACUUGACCAAUCGGCGCGUACCAAAUAGGCUGCCAUGGAAUGCCGAAGCAAAGAAGGCGUUUGAGGUGGUGAAGGAGAAGCUGGCUAAGAUCCCAGAGCUGGUGUCACCAGACCCGCGUCACGGAUAUACCUUGACCACGGAUGCAUCCGAAAAAGCUGUGGGUGCAUGCCUGUCUCAGAGAAUUGACGGUCAGGAGAGACCAAUUGCCUUCCUGAGCAAGAAGCUGUCCGAUUCACAAUCAAAAUGGUCAACAAUUGAGAGGGAGGCAUUUGCCAUAGUAUGGGCACUCGGGCGUCUGGAUACGUGGCUGUUCGGGGCAAAGAUAAAGGUGCUCACCGAUCACAAUCCCCUGGCGUAUUUGGCACGCUCGUCUCCUAGCAGCGCACGGCUAACGCGCUGGUCUCUCGCGCUCCAGAAAUAUGAGCUAGAAAUUUCCCAUAUAAAGGGAUCGCACAAUAAAUGUGCCGACGCGUUGUCGCGGUUAGAUUUUUAG